CUGGGGGUAGUUGUCAAUUAGCAGAGGAAAAGGUGUUGGUGGAAAGGGAAGGGGUGGAGUAGUUUUGAGGUUUAGGAAUAAAUAAUUUAAUACGUAUGGAGUUUACGGAGGAAGGUGAACAGGGGAAAUUUUUUGGACCAUUAUCUUUCACGGAAGUGGACUUAGAACACUACAUUCAUACUUUAGAUGUGGAUGAGUUAUUGCCAUGUAUCCUGUGUGAAGAUAAAUUUGUUCUACCAAGUAAAAACAAAGAAUUUAUAGAACACUUAUAUGAUUGUCACAGAUUACUCAUAUCUGAUCUGCACCACAUUGUGGAUUUGAAAAGUUACUUCAGAUACUGGAAAGACCGAUUUGCAUCUCUGCCUGUAACUGAUGUGUGUCAUGUGAUAGAACAACAGUUUUCGUCUCACAGUUCUUAUGUAUUGGGAGCAUUUGUAGAGGAGGACAAAGCCUUGAGAGAGAAACUACAGCAUAAGCGGUUGGAAGCAGUUUUGGCAUGCCAAGACAGAGAAAGGCAAGAUAAAACAUUUUCAAGAGAAUGUUUAUUAUGUAAAACGCACCUGACUGGCACAAGAGCAAAUUACUUUAAUCACCUGGCCACCAUUCAUAAUUUAAAAAUUGGACAUCCUGACAAUUUAGUAUUCACGGAUGAAUUAAUUGACAAAUUGCAAAAAACACUAGAGAGGUUGCAGUGCUUGUAUUGUGAAAAGUAUUUUAAAAAACGUGAAUCAUUAAAGGAGCAUAUGCGCAAAAAGCAACACAAAAGCAUAAACCCAGACAAUAAGUGUUAUGACAAAUUUUACGUUGUAAAUUACUUGGAACUUGGCAGGAAUUGGCGCGACAUACAGGCAGAAAAAGAUUCCUCCAGUAGUUACAGUGAGAGUGACAGUGAAGAAGAAAAAAUAGAAACUGAAAAGAUGGCUUCUGGAAUGCCAUUUGAUGCAACUGGUACUGUUACAUGCCUGUUUUGCAAUGAAAUAAGUGCAUCAUUUGAAGAUGCCUUAGAACAUAUGGAUUCAGCUCAUGAAUUUGAUUACAGUCAGAUUGUUGAAGACAACCACUUAUCAUUUUAUGAACAGGUAAAACUUGUCAACUACAUCAGACAUCAGAUGUAUGCCCUAAUAUGUAUGAAGUGCCAUAAACUCUUUCAAGAUCGUGGAGAUCUGUUAAACCAUAUGACCAAAGAAAGACAUUUUAUGCUUCCAAGGAAAGAAGUGUGGAACCAACCAGAGUAUUAUUUCCCAACCUACGAAAAUGACAAUUUCCUCUGCAAUCUCGAUGCUGAUGAAGGUAUUACUAAGAAAAUGAAAACGUGUUCUACUCAUGACUGAACUGGAGGAUCCAAAAGAGGAUGCAUGCCAUUCCAGACACAUUCUUCACCUCACUCAAUAGUGGAAAAAUUGUUUGGGUUUCAUUUGUGGGAGUUUUUUUAAACAUGUUUUUUUAAAAUAUUUUUUAUACUUUUUGUAAUAGUGAUGAAAUAUGUUCCAAGUAUCACAUACUUUCUAACUGCAGUACAUAGAAUCCUUGUGAAAAAAAUCAUUGUUAUAUAAUAUAACAAGCAUCCCUUUGUAAUGUAUUUAGAUAUAAGGCCAUUAGCUGUCUCAUGAGUUGAUUUCACAAAUUUUAAUUUUUCAACAGAGUAUGAAGUUAAUACAUCAAAGACGUGUUUUGUAAUUCACAUGGUAUAAAUUAUUUAAAUGUUUCAGAGUUAUUUUAGUUUCAUGUACUUUACCAUUCUUUUUUGUAUAUUUUAAUAAGCUGCUAGCAUUCCAUCCUCUGUGAAACUGUAUCAAGGAAAGAAAGAAAAAGAAACAAUGGAUUUUAGACAUAUCCUUUCAUCUUGGAACAUGAUCUUUCAGUCUGCAUGUGGGACCAUAUGGGCACAUGGCAACUGAAAGGAAAAUCUUAUCCUAUGGCGGAAACAGGUGAACUGGAUUAAGACUUUCGAAAGCUUUUCUUUUUUUGUAGGGAUGUUUGAUACUGAAAGUGUUCUAUCUAGUAUUCUGAAGACUAUGAGAAAGGUUUUUACAACAUAAAAAUACUUAAGGAUUAAUGGAGAUCAUGCACCAAUAAGCAGAAGUGCUGAGUUGUCAGUAGGCACACGCAAAAGGAAGAGAACUUGUAGCUUUGCUUUCAGAGUUACCCUUUGACAACAGGAGAUAACAACAGGACACACACACACACACACCUCCCUAUACCCCUAAAUGGUACCAGCUAGACUGACAGGCCCAAUGCUGUUUUGUGGGAGGUGGACUGGUCUGUGUCGGGUGGGGUGGCUAGAGGGAAAGAGCAACCCUCUCCCUCUAUGCACCCCACCCCACCCACUUCUGCAUCUUAGUGAGUGAUCUCCUUUAAUCCUAAAGUAUUCAAAUUCUACAAAAACUUUCCUACCAAAUUUUUACAGUGUGUGCAAUUUAAUCUCUCUUUCAUAAGAGUGUCUCAAAAUACAAUAAAUUUUGUAUUUGCUAGACACUGUUGUACCUGUGGCAAUUGGUCUAGAACAUAAAUAAUGAAAUUAUCACUGAGAUGACAUGGAGCCGAAAACAGUCAGCAAAAAAAGAAAAAAAAUCCUACCCUAUGACGGAAAUAGUUGAAUUCAAUUCAGAUUUUUGAAAGGUUUUAUUCUUUUGUAGAAGUGUUUGAUAUUGAAAGUGCUCUAUCCAGUAUUCUGAAGAUUGUGAGAAACAAUUUCACAAUGUACAAAUACUAUGGGAUGAAAGGAGAUCAUUCAACAAAAAGCAGAAGCGUUGAGCUGUCAAUAGACACACACAAAAGGAAGAAAACUUUUAGCUUUUGGUGUUAUCCUUUGACAGCCUAAAGGAAAAUACAUGCCUACACUCUUGAAUGGUGCCAGUUAGAGUGACAGUGCCAAUGCUAUUUUGCGGCAGGUGGACUGGUUGUGGUGGGCGGUAGUGUCAGGUGGGGUGGGUAGAAGGAGUGUGUGUCCCGCCUCCCUCUCCCUCUACAGAACCCACCCCACUGCCUCUGCUUUUUGGUUAGUGGUCUCCUUUAAUCCUAAAGUAUUUAAUUUCUACAAGAACUUUCCUAUCAAAUUUUUACAAUGUGUGCAAUUUAAUCUCUCUUUCAUAAAAAGUCUCAAAAUACAAUACAUUUUGUAUUUGCUAGAUACUGUUGUACCUGUGGCAAUUGGUCUAGAACAUAAGUAAUGAAAUUAUCACUGAGAUGACAUGGGGCCGAAAACAGCCAGUAAAAAAAGAAAAAAAUCCUACCCUAUGAUGGAAAUAGUUGAAUUCAAUUCAGAUUUUUGAAAGGUUUUAUUCUUUUGUAGAAGUGUUUCAUAUUGAAAGUGCUCUAUCCAGUAUUCGGGAGACUGUGAGAAACAGUUUCACAACAUACAAAUACUAUGGGAUGAAAGGAGACCAUGAAGUGUUGAGCCGUCAAUAGUCACACACAAAAGGAAGAAAACUUCUAGCUUUUGGAGUUAUCGUUUGACAGCCUAAAGGAAAAUACGCACACACGCCUACAGUCCUAAAUGGUGCCGGUUAGAGUGACAGUGCCAAUGAUUUUUUUGUGGCAGGUGGACUGGUUGUGUUGGGCAGUAGUGUGAGGUGGGGUGGGUAGAAGUGAGUGUGUCCUGCCUCCCUUCUCCCUCUAUGGAACCCACCCCACUGCUUCUGCUUUUUGGUGAGUGGUCUCCUUUAAUCCUAAAGUAUUCAAAUUCUACAAAAACUUUCCUACCAAAUUUUUACAAUGUGUGCAAUUUAAUCUCUCUUUUAUAAGAGUGUCUCAAAAUACAAUAAAUUUUGUAUUUGCUAGACACUAUUGUACCUGUGGCAAUUGGUCUAGAACAUAAGUAAUGAAAUUAUCACUGAGAUGACAUGGGGCCGAAAACAGCCAGUAAAAAAAGAAAAAAAUCCUACCCUAUGAUGGAAAUAGUUGAAUUCAAUUCAGAUUUUUGAAAGGUUUUAUUCUUUUGUAGAAGUGUUUGAUAUUGAAAGUGCUCUAUCCAGUAUUCUGAAGACUGUGAGAAAUAAUUUCACACCGUGCAAAUACUAUGGGAUGAAAGGAGACCAUUCAACAAAAAGCUGUCAAUAGACACACACAAAAGGAAGAAAACUUUUAGCUUUUGGUGUUAUCCUUUGACAGCCUAAAGGAAAAUACAUGCCUACACUCUUGAAUGGUGCCGGUUAGAGUGACAGUGUCAAUGCUAUUUUGCAGCAGGUGGACUGGUUGUGAUGGGCAGUAGUGUCAGGUGGGGUGGGUAGAAGGAGAGUGUGUCCCGCCUCCCUCUCCCUCUCCCUCUACGGAACCCACCCCACUGCUUCUGCUUUUUGGUGAGUGGUCUCCUUUAAUCACAAAGUAUUUAUGUAGUUCGAAUGAGAUGCACUCCCACUUCCAUUGCCAUGCCAGUUCAUGUACCUGCAUCAUCUCCCCCCCCCCCCAGCCCCCCUCUCACUCACUCACUCCCUCCC